GGGUGCAUCAUGGAGUCCUGCAGGCUGGCUUUGGAAAGCGCUGAGGAGGGAUUUAAAGGGACAAUGCACCCAGUGACAGCCAAAUAACAGGAACAAAAACAUGCAAGCGCACAUUUAGAGUGUCAGGAGAGAGCCCGAAGCCGACCGGCCACCUGCUGAGUGUCUUUACUACAAAACUAUGUAGACAUAUGUACAGUUGUGGCCAACCCCUGUCUGAAGGUUUUGGGCAGUGAAGAUUCUGGUGCUAUGGAACAAGGAGACGUUCUACAUCUCAAGGGGGAAACCGGAGAUCCUCCCAGGUCUGGGUCAGCUUGCCACAACCCACUGGGAGAGCAGUCUGGAUUCCCUCACAGCAGCAGCUGGGCACAUGAGACACUGGCACUCCCUGUGAAAACAGAGAGCACCUUACUGGGGUCACUUUACCUUGAAGAGGACCUGGAAGAACGAAUGCAGUUUGCACAGGGUACCAGGAGAAAAGAUGCUCUAGGAAUGGCAGCUUUGGGAGAGGGCAUUCAGAGAACAUUUCGUCCCUUGGCUUUUCCUUCAGCACAAGCAUGGGAUUCUGACUCCGAAAAGGAGACACUAGAUGAGGAUGAGUUUCAGCACUUUUCAAACCCACAUGGGCUUGCUUCCCACAGUCCUGGACUUAACCAGAAUGUCAUACCCAUGUGGCAGAAACCAAUGAGAUCAGAAAGUGAGGAGGACACUACAUCUGAACAGGAUCAAUUAAUAUCCACUUUAUCAAACAGCCCCAGCCUGAGGGACAGUCCUUCUAGAAUGGAUACUAAAGAUGGGCUGAUUCUAAGUUCAGAGCAGCACCGCAGAACACAGAGCACUUCACCUGUUGAAUCAGAGGAGAGUUUGAGCCAGACCACACCAGUCACAUCUAAGCACUUAAGCAGUGUAGCAUAUUCGGCUCCUCUUUCCGAAGCAAUGGAUCCAAAGAGCCGAAAAAAUGUGAUGUCUUCCCAGGACUGUGUAGAUAAAGCCAGUCCCAGGAGAGCUGAGGAAAAGGACGAAACUAAACCAAAGGAUGAGGCACAGCACUUAGAGAAAGAAGGCAUAGCAUCACCUUGCUCAGGAAUAAGCUCUGAGGAAGGUUAUCAGCCAAUUUCAAUGGGUGGGGAGGAGGAUGUGUAUGAAUUUCCAGGUUCUGAAGGAGGCAGUCCUCCUCCACUUUCCUGGGCAUCCAGCACUUUGCGCAAAACACUAAAGCCUUUCUCAGGGUUGCAGAACUCUGCAACUGAAAGGGAGGAAGGCCUUCUUAAAGCCAAGCUAAGUUCUAUGUCUUCUGAUAUCAGACCCUUAAAUGUGUCUUCAGAAAAUAAAACACUGUGGAGUACUCGCUAUAGCAGCACAGUAGAAACAAUGGCCCAUUCUUUUGGUGCAACUGCCAGUUUUGAUAUGGAUGAGGAGCCUUAUGGAUACAAUAGUUUUACAAUGGACGGAGGUGAAGAAGAGAUUUUUUCAGAAGAAGCAGAGCCAUCAGUUUUUACUUGCGUCGAAUGUAGCAUUUACUUUAAAAAGCAGGUCCACCUGCAGGAACACAUGCUUCAGCACUGCCAGGGGCAAAGUCAACCAGGAAAGGAUGGGCCAGCUGGUGUUGGCAGAGGAUCUGGUGGGAGCAAGUUCACCUGCUCAGAGUGUGGGUGGGAAUUUGAGGAUCGUUCAGCCUUGGCCCAACAUCAACGUCUUCACCAAGAAUCAAGGGCAAAGAUCGUGGAGGAGAUUCGAAAGCUAAAUGAAAACCAAGAUGAGGGUAAUAAACCAAGCUUGCAUUGCCCAAAGUGCCAGUUUGGAACCAACUCUUCCAAGUUAUUUGUUGAGCACACUAAAAUGCACAUCAAGGAACAGAACCAGCAAUCUGGAAAAGCUAGCCAUUCACCCUUGGGCCUGUAUCGGCCCUUUAGUCCUACAGUUCACCAGUCACAGACUAUAAAGGAACGCUACACCUGCAAAAUAUGUAGUUUCCCAGCCCCCAGUGAAAAUAUUCUUAAAGAACACAUCAAAUAUACUCACUCACUUUCCUCAUGGGAGAAAGAGAUCCUACAAGAAAGUGUUGAGAGUCUUCCAGGGACCAGUAAAGACGCCUACAGCCUGACCAAAUCAUAUCCCUCCGUAAGGACUUCCAUUUUCAGCACACAGAGGAAGGCUUCUCAACAAAUGGAGGACUCGCAGCCUUUUGAAGAGGUUGACCAUUCUGCUAUAUUGAACCCAGAAUCAGGGCUGACAAGUGGAGCUGUUAUUAAGGAUACAUCCUUCCAAAACCAAGUUCAUAACAUUCAUAAAAAAUCUAACUUUGGUGUCCCAACUGCAUUUAAAAGUGGUUCUUACCGCACAAGAGUGCUAAGCCCUGACUGCCAAGGGCCACUUUUACAUCCCAAGCGAAAGGAGGUUGCCUUUAAAAGCAUUGGGAACCAAAGAAACAAAGAACAAUUUGAGCAGCCAGCAAUGAAAGGCAUCAGCCAGUGGUCCAUGAGUGUCCUGGAAAGCAUGGAAGAUGAAGGAAUUUCUUCUAGCUCUGAGGUAGACCCAUUGGACAAUCUAGGCUUGUGGUUUCCAGAUCAAUUAGAAGUUCCUGAGAAAGCUAUGGAACUCAAAAGAGAGUUCAGGAACUGCCUUAGAGAAUCUGCAGACAGCCUAGAACUAUCUGAAGAGCAGCAGAACCAGCUGAGGCAGAUGGUCCCAGUGGUUAUAUUAGAAACUUUAAACCUUCACCCCAAGCGUAACAAUAAGCCCUCAAGCCAUGGCACUCAUGACAUUCUGCAAACUUUUGAAGAGGAGGAGAAAGACGACAUGUGUGUGUCUCCUUUUGUCUUGGAGCAUCUCAUUCCUCAGAGAUCAGAUGAAGAUUUCUUGGAUGAUUUUGCGAAUGAUUUAUUUCGCCCUGACCCUAGCCUGCUAAAAAAUAUGGAAAGAAAGUGCCCUUACUGCCCAGACCGCUUUCACAAUGGCAUUGGACUGGCAAAUCACGUGCGGGGGCACUUAAAUAGGGUGGGUGUCAGCUACAAUGUGCGCCAUUUCAUCUCUCCUGAAGAGGUCAAUGCCAUUGAGCAGAAAUUCUCGUACCAAAAGAAGAAGAAAAAAGGUGGGCAAGUGGCCAACUUUGACCCCGACACAUUCAGCCUCAUGCGCUGUGAGUUUUGCAGUGCUGGGUUCGAUACUAGAGCAGGACUCUCCAGCCAUGCCAGAGCACAUCUGCGUGACUUUGGAAUCACUAACUGGGAGGUGACAGUGUCGCCCAUAAACAUUCUGAGGGAGCUCUUUUCCAACCGGCCAGACCUGGUCUUUCCUCGAGGCCCAGGAGCAUCCUCACCAUCUAGCCUGCAAGGAGAUGAGCCAGCAACACUAGGAUCUGGAGCAAAUAUCUCUUGCUCACCUGUUCACCAUUUCCAAACCUCCUGGAGAGAAGAUCUCGAACAGCUAUUUUGUGAUGGUGGAGAGGAAGAUGAGAUGUCAAUCAUGGAGGUUGCUGCCCAUUCUUCAGCAAAACGCAGUGGGCCUAUGUCCCUGGGAGAGCUUGGGGCCACACCAAAAAAUGCAUCUCGAGCCUUGACAGCGAAUAACAGUGAUGAAGGUCAGGACCUCAAGGCUCCCAACCUCCUGACAUGUGCAGUGUGUUUUACUUCUUUUGAGACACGCAAAGGCUUGUCAAGUCAUGCCCGCUCCCACCUGCGGCACCUGGGGGUGGCUGAAUCAGAGAGCAGUGGGGCACCAAUUGACCUUCUGUAUGGACUGAUGAAGCAGAAAGGCAAACUGGAGCCCUUGCCCUCUCCACAGAGUGGAUUGGUGAAAAAGCCACAAACACCACCGCAACAGCAAUCCCCUAUGGCUGUGUCUGCUGCACGGAAAGUGGAGCCUGGAGGUGGAGUGGCCACAGUAACCAUCAUGAGCAAAGGAGCUGAAGGAUCUGGAGGGGAGAAUAAAGCUGCCAAAUCUGCCCCGUUGGCUUUAAUCUCAAAGGGAAUGGGAGCUCCUACAUCCCCUGUACUGAAGAAGGCCCCGGUCUCAUCUUUGCUGCCGAGCGCCUCGCCGCUCAUGAGCAGUGAUUCGGAAAAAGGAGUUAGACAAACAAGCAGUUCUCCACCACAACCAGCUGUCGCAUCCAAACCCUUCUGGGCUCCCCAAGAAGAUGAUGCCCCUCUUAACUUAACAUUUGAUUCAGAUGCCAACAAAGAUAUUGUUUGUCAGCUUUGUGGUGCCUGGUUUGAGACGCGCAAAGGUUUGUCCAGCCAUGCCCGUGCUCACCUACGGCAUUUUGGCGUAGUAGAUGCUGAAACCAAGGGCUCUCCCAUUGAUUACUUGAAUGAGCUGAUCAAGAACGAAGAAUUUAAGAAACGCUUACCCUCCCUACAACCAUUAGAGACUGCUCUGGACCCAGAGAGUCCUGGGGAGCUUUCUCCAACACUCAAACGACCAGCACCUCCACCAGUCCAGGGGAUGAAGAGCCCACAGAAUUCAAGCCUGUCUGUAAAACCUUCAUCAGGCUCUCUUCACUCACCGCCUGUUAAAAAAAUGAAAGCAUCUAAUGCUGACAGGAGCUCUCUACAGAUCUUCCAACUGUCUUCUGGAGAACUAACUCCACUUAGACAUGACCAUAUUAAAGAGAUUGGCUGUGAGUUCUGUGGCGAGUAUUUUGAGAACAGGAAAGGGCUGUCAAGUCAUGCUCGCUCUCACUUGCGCCAGCUUGGCAUCACAGAAUGGUCUGUCAAUGGAUCCCCUAUCGACACAUUACGAGACCUCAUCAAACGUAAGGGGCUUCCAACUGCAUUGCCUCUUUCUCACUCUCCUCCUCCAAACCCUAAAUCACUCCACAAAUCCCAGCACCAUUCAACUGUUGGGCCUCCUUCAACACCAGGCUCACCAGAGCCCCGUUCUUCAAUAGAGAGAGAGCCAUCCUCUCCAUCGACAGCUGCUUCUUCAUCAUCAUCUUCCUCUGCUCAUUUGAUCAAACGAAUCCAUUUUGGCCUUGGACAUUCCCACCCUAAUCAGCCUACUGCCCGCAAGAUGAUGUCAACUGGUGGUUUGUCUAAGCUGAAGGCAGACUCUCUCCAAAUGGAAUUGGCUUCUGGAGUGUCUGCAACAUCAGGAUUUUCACCUGACAAAUUGCAAGGUCAUCGCAACUGGUCCAGCCCGGACAACAUUCUCCCACUGAGUCUGGCUUCGGAGAGAGAACCUGUACGAGAUAUCCGCUGUGAGUUCUGUGGAGAAUAUUUUGAGAAUCGGAAGGGUCUUUCUAGCCAUGCACGCUCUCACCUGCGACAGAUGGGUAUCACAGAGUGGACUGUAAAUGGCUCUCCAAUAGAUACCCUGCGUGAGGUGAUGCGCAAGAAAGGAAAACCGCCAGCUAUCAAGAAAGAACCUGGGACCGACGGUGGCUUUGUGGCAUCCUCCUGGGAAGACCAAUCUAGCUAUCAUAAGCAGUUCAGUGUGCCUACUUCAUCAAAACCAUCUGCAUCCAUGUUGCACAGUGGUCAUGGACCAGCUGGCAGAAUGAUGAAGCACAGCUUAAGCAGUCCUUUUAGCCGAGGAAUUGGUCUGUCUGUCAAUGGAAAACACCAGAGUAACUUUCUGAAGUCCCUUGGCAAGAGAACACAUGGUGAUGAAAGAAGUCUCCAGGGAACAACUGGUGAUGUGCAUCGCACGCCCAAUAAGAAUUAUGUCCAGACAGAGCUACCCUUUAAACCUAAAUCUUUGACUUCUCCAGACAAAUCUACCCCACAUGCAUCAACUGAUGCCAGUUGUGAGCUCUGUGGCUUCUAUUUUGAAAACCGCAAGGCUUUGGCAAGCCACGCACGUGCACACCUACGGCAGUUUGGCGUGACGGAGUGGUGCGUUAAUGGAUCCCCAAUAGAGACCUUGAGCGCCUGGAUUCGGAGCAAGCCUCAUAAAGUGGCAGAAGUGCAUCGAAGCUAUCUGCAAAAUGGGAGACCCUUUCCUAAGAAGGCCCGCCCUCAUCCUUUAAAUCCUAUUGAAUUGGACGCUCUAAUACACAACCGUUCUCCAGUCAGCCGGCAGAUGCCAAGUAUUUCACAGGGUAAACGAGUAGGAAAAGAUGUCCACUGUGAUUCUGGUCGAGCAAAUGAGAUCAAUGAUGGAGUGCAGGAAUCUUUAUCCCCAACCACAGAGGACCAGCAGCAGUCUCCAUUUCAACCUCAACAUCAGCAGAAAGGAGCCAGAAGUGAGCUCAAUGUUCGCUCACCACGCGGAUUUGAACGAAGACCUCCAAAGCACCCUGCACACUUACAAAGUGAUGAGGCUCUGGAAAGUCGUCCCAUGGCCCCCAGAGUGCGUACUAUCCCAUCCCUUGUGCCAAAGCCUCCAUCCACUCCACUAGUCAAGUUUGUUGGCAAUAUUUACUCCCUGAAGUGCCGGUUCUGUGAAGUGGAGUUCCAUGGUCCUCUCUCAGUUCAGGAAGACUGGGUUCGUCAUUUACAGCAGCACAUCCUGGAUAUGAACUUUCCAAAAUCUGAGGCUCCUCUGGAAGAAAGUAUCACGCCUAUGGUGCCUAUGGAGACCCCCGCCGAGGUCCUGUAGAGCAUUUCCAAGUUCUGUUUUUAUCACUUUUAAAAUCCUCCAGAAACUCCAAAGAUCAGGUGUACCAGCCUACCUGCCUUGCCGAAUUAAUUUUGGCUGGACUUUGUUUGCCCUUUGGCCCUUUAAUUUAGCCUGGGGUCUUGUUGGGGUCUUGUCUUUUAAAUGAGAACAUUUCAUCAAAAUGUACAGGGGCUGAAUGCUUUCAUUUUACAUUUUAUUUCAAUUAACGUAACAGAAGAUUACAUAUGUACUGUCAUACCUGUUCAAGGCUAAGACUAUUAACGACUUUUUUCUUUGUCAGAUGUGAUCAUGUUUUUUUUUUUUUGUUUUUAAACCAAGGAUGGCUUUCUUUUUUAAAUGAUAGGCCCAAUUUGUGCAGAAAAGGGAAACUGGUCUCUUAGGCCUACAGUUGGAGGUUUUUAAUUUUUCUUUCUUCCCAGAAGGCCAAAAAUCAUGGGACUCUAAAAGAGUAAAAAAAAAUAUUUUUUUAAUUCCGGCAAUAGUUUCUUUGCAGCUUUUUUUUUUUUUGGAUAUUAAUAAUGCUGAUCAUAUUAAUGGAGACCAAGGUACUGAUAAUUGUAAUUGCGCUCUUCACUUUUGCAGCCACCACCUGUUGUCGACUCCUUAUUUCCGCCCCCUCCAAAAAAAAAAAAAAAGCACUUUGCCGUUCUACAUCCGAGGGAGGCACGUCGACCAGUGUGCAUAUCCAGAUGCUGACUUGUGGCUACUCCCUUUGCCUUUACACUUAAGGGUUUAUAAUGAGAUACCCUAUGCCCUUAAUCCCCGGCCACCCAUAUUGAUUCUAUAACUUAAAUUUAAUGGGUGCAUCAGUAUGCCAAUAAAAAUUCAUCGCUCUUUCCUCCUAUUAACCAUCCAUGGUCGUCCACCUCACAGACUACCAUGUUUUGCACAAGUGGUCAAUCUUUUUUUUUUUUUUUUGUUUUGUGAAAGGCAUUUAAUUUACUUUUAGGACCAAUGACCCUAUUCUUUUCCUAAUAAUUUAAUUGUGAUAUUCUUGCUCCUGCUUUCCUUCUUCUAGCACAUAGUUAAAGGAAAGGUGUAGCGGGUAAAAGAGAUGCCCUGGGGUUUUUAUGGGUGGUUUCCCCCUCCUUUUUCCUUCAUGUGGUGUAGUUUAGGCAGAGGUUGCCUUUUGUUACCUUUGUCCCUCCUGCUUUGGCAAUGGGACACUUAAUAUAUAUAUAAAAAAAAAAAAAUAUUACAGGAAGAACUGACAUUAAAGCAAAAAUGAAAGCAGAUGAGGAAGCACAGCAGCUUGUGCUUCUAAAAUGGUGUGCCCAUCUGUUUGAGACAUUUUAAUUACAAGGUAUCGAAACACUACCAGUGCUUAUCAGUAUUGAGUGUAUUACCAGUCAGCUUUUUAAAAGCUUGUGGAUUCUAAAGAGGUAGCUGUUUUAAUAAAUAAACUAUCUUUAGUUUUUACUUCCUUUUAUAAAACCAAAUUUUUGUUUGUAGAUUUGAGCCACUAGGUGGUUGGCUGUUGCAUUUUGGGCCCAAUAAUUUGACAUGGGUGACCUUUUGCACUUGACUUUCCUUAGUGGUGGGAGAAUGAAUUGGUUUUAUGUUUGAAGUAUAAAGAGUCUAGAAUGUCCAAUGAAGUGAUUAUCAUGUGGGUGACUAACCCAGAAACCUUUUAAAAAGAGAAUACCUGUGAUAUUAGAAUUACUUGGACUGAUGCUGCACUAUCAUGCCAAGCAAUAAUAAAACUUUUUAUUUUAUAUAAUAUAUAUAUAUAUACAUACACACACACACACACACAUUGGCUUGCACUGCCUCCACCCUUUUCUCUUCUAUGUAUGUCUAGAUUCGUCCACUUGAGUUUGUGAAUAAUGAACGGUUAAAAUUUCUCAUCAGUCUCUAGUUUUGUCUAGGAAUUCAACUGAACUUUGUUCCCUUUUCUCCUUCUAGUCAAGCAGCAUCCAAGCUGAAUUUGUUGGACCCCAGCAGUAUGUGUUCCAAAACAAAGGAGGCACCACUGGGAUUCAGAAUUUGUGCUUAGAAAAGUUGGAUUUUCCGUUAGUGAGGAUGGUGCUCAUUUAAACCACACAGCUCUGUGAGUUGAGCCAUAGUCCAGGGUGGACAGAUCACUGGCACUGGUGGUGUUCCUUUGUCUUUACUAACUGUGUAACUGUCUUGUGUAAAUUAUUUGUAUCCUUUUUAAUGUUUUAGGCCUUGUUGCAGCUCUUGGAGCUGAGCCACUCAAAUUUCCCUAAGUAGUUUGCAAAACCUGGUGUGAAACCAGACAUGAAACACCUUAAAUGGCCAUAUAUGUUUUUAAUUUGAUGCUGGUUCAUGAGGACCUUUUCUUUGACCUUUUUUUUUUUUUUCAUUUUUUUUAUUUUAAAGACUGCUCCAUUGUCUUUCCCAGACUUUUAACUGAUGCCAUGUUGAGUUUUACAAAACCGUGAUGCCCAUCAUGUAGACUCUGUUUAAAUAAUAAUAAUCCGAAUGGAAUAAAUGUUUAUAAUCUCU